CAUUAGCCGCAGUGUGUAUGUAUAUCCAUUCGACCGACAGUCGUAGGAUCGUCACGGUUCCUCGUCGCAUCGUUGCCGACAGCCGGCGCGCUUCGUCUGAGAGCGCUCGCCAUGUCUACCGACCCCGAGAAGAACCAGCCCCAGAGCGGUGGCAACGGCAAUCGUAGAGAUGAGAUAUCUCUUUGGUCCACGAUCGCAUCAGAUCUCAGAAACGCAGACGAUCUGCCCAACAAACGCGCUGCGAUGAUGGGCAAACAUGAAUCGCUUAGAUUGCAGCUUGCGGCAAAUGAAGCCUCUCCACGGAGCGAGCUGCUCAAGGAAUUCAAUGAGGUACAUGCUCACCUCUUGACGGUCACAAAGCACGAACUCGAAGUAUACGAUAAUGCUAUCGAGAAGCUUGGCAUCCUCCAAGCGUUGCUCUCUUCGGUGCCGAAUGAAGAUCAUGAUCACAGCCGCAAGCGGAGGCGAACUGACGCUGGGUCACCAGCGCCGUCGUCACUAACCUCACCCUCGCCGUCGGCUCGUACCUCACCGGCACCUGUGCAGCAGCCUCCAUCUCCAGCAGAGGACAAAAAACAUAGCGGGGCAUCUCCAUCGUCAACCUCCGCAGACAAACCUGCCGCAAGCAAGGCAGGGGUGUUCAAAGGCAAGGGAAAGGGCUGGCGCAAGGGCAUGACCGCACAGGUGCCAUCUGCCACACACACGACCGAAAGGCAGCUGGUGGCAACCACUACAGCUAACACGCUGUCUGCGACGGGUGGCUAUCUUGACCCGGCCAAGGCGAGGCGGGAGCAGCUUGCGGCACAGCUACCGCUACAGAAGGGUCGCAAAGUAGCGUUUCGACAGCCAACGGUCAAGAAGGUCACCGGCGACAAGGCGUCUGCGCCUCCUGCCGCCGCCAGUGAUACUGCAGCACCUUCGCAGAAUCUUCCAGGCGCUCCGCCGGAGGAGGAAGGCGAAACGUGGAUCCUCGCGACAAUCAUUGAGUGCAUCAACAAUGACCGCAAUCGAUACGUUGUUCAGGAUGCCGAAGAAGACAGCAGGGGCGUGUCUCCCACGUGGAACACGACUCUGAAAGCGAUUGUCCCUCUCCCAGAAACUGCUCUGACGCUGCCUGCGCGAGACUAUUCCGUCGGACACAAGGUGCUCGCACUCUAUCCCGACACGAGCUGCUUCUAUCAGGCGACGGUCAAGGGGGGUGGGCCUGGCGUGCACAAGGUAUCCCCGAAGAAUUUGCUGAAAAAGGAAUCGGAGCUGCUGAAUGCACGGUACCAGUUGACUUUUGAGGACGACAACGAUGACAUCAAAUCGAUCCCUGCCUAUCUCGUAGUCGAGCGGCCACGAUUGUGAGCCUGUUCAGCUUUUAAGGACAGGGCUCGCGCACGAAUUUGCGGAGCCGAAAUGUGUAGCACAACCCAUCCGCAUCACCUCAAUCAAAGUCCACGCGCC